AUGUGUGUGGAACCAAAAUGCCCUUGUAUUUAUCCUCCUCUUUCUCAUAAGUCUCUAAAAUAAAUUUCAUUUAGAGAAAGAUCUCCAAUUGAUAGGAAUUUGAUUAGAAAUAAAUUAACAAAUAUUCCCAAACCUUUACUAUCUAAAAUUAAAUAUCAAUUAAGACCAUCUUUACAAAUAUAAUAUCAAUUAUUUGCAAUUUUUAAUUUAUUAGGUGAAUAAAGUGAUUUCUGGUUUAGAAUACAGAGAUUGUUAAAUAAUUAUGAAUAGAUAGUGGAUUAAUUAACUUCAUUGAACGUUAAUCAAUUAAGUAAAAAGUAAAUAGAAAAAUGUUAAUAUUGGCUUGAUGAAUUUGAUAAAAUUAAUAAAGAUAAUUAAGUUACAGUUUUUGCAGAUGUAGCAAAAGGGAUUUUAAGUAAAAUAGUGAAAGUUGAAUAAAAAAAAAAUUCAAUACAAAUGGAAUAAUUAAAUAAUGCAUGCAAAAAGAAAUAAAAUGAUGAGAAUGAGGUUGAUGAAGUAGCUAUAUUGUAGGUAACAUAAGAAUCAUAAUCAGAAUAACAAAAAAUUUUAAAAUAAAAGAAUUAAAGUUUAGAAUUAAAAACUACUGAAACCAGAUAAUAUGUAUUAGAUUCACCAAUUAGAUCGACUAAAAAUUAUUAAUUAGAGAAUCGUCAAAAUAAUUCUUCAUUAUAUAAUUUAAGAAGAUUUCUUGAAAAUUCAAAUUAAAAUUCAAAAUCUCAAACAAAUCUAUCUUUUUGCAAAAGUUAAGAUAAGUCCUUUAAAGAUUUUAACAAAAAAAAUAAUUAUUAGAAAAAAUCAAAUUUAUCUAAUAUUUCUGGAGGACUAUUUAAUGAUAUUACAUCAUUAAAAAAAGAAUUAGAAAUGAUUUAAAGAGACAUUAGUAGAUUAAAAUUUAAAAAUAAAAAAUAUGAGUUUUUAUAAAAUCGAUAAAACCUAAGGAAUCAGGUUUUAUAAAAUCAUGAAUUAAAUCGAUAAGAAUUAUUGAAUAUUCGUGCUUAAGUAUAUUUUUAAGUUUUAUCUUAGACCUAAAAUGAUGAAAGUUUUAUAGAAGUUUAAAAAAAAGAAUAAUUAAAAAUAGAAAGAAGUCAUUCAGCAUUUAAAAAAGAAUUGAUAGGUUCUAAAAGUCCGUAAAAUUAAAAAUAUCUACAGUAUUUGGAAAAGUAUUCCUAAAAAUAUAUUCCAAAAUUAGAUAGAAUAUCAUAAUAAGAAUAAGAAAUUAGAUCAUUUCUCUCCCAAAUUAAAUUAGCUGAAAAAAAAAAAAUAGAAGAAAAAUAAUCCAAAAAAGUACUUUGA